AUGUCUCAAAACAACCAAGAAAAAAUUGAUGUUACCCAAUCACCAUCCAGUCCAUACUAUAUUCACCCAAGUGAAACACCCUCUACUGUCCUCGUCUCUCCGCCACUCACCGGCGACAACUACCAUCAAUGGUCUCGUGCUUUCUCCAUUGCACUUAUCUCAAAGAACAAGAUAGGUUUCCUGGAUGGAACCAUCCCAACUCCAGCCACCGAUGACCCACUCUUCCCUUCCUGGCGUAGAUGCAACACAUUGGUCUCCUCUUGGAUUUUCAAUUCCCUCUCAGCGCCCAUUGCUCAGAGCGUCAUUUAUUUCGACUAUGCAGAAGCAAUCUGGGAAGAUCUCCGCAACAGAUUCUCACAAGGAGACUUACUCCGUGUUGCUGAGCUACAAGAACAGAUUUAUGGCCUCAAGCAAGAAUCUCUCUCCGUCACUCAAUACCACACCGCCCUCCGAGCACUAUGGGAAGAGCACGACACUUACUGCCCCGUCAAACCCUACAUAUGCCCGGCACGAUCUUACCACGACCAAAACUUCAUCAUUCGGUUCCUCAAAGGCCUAGACGACUACUUCACUGUCGUCCGAUCCCAAAUCUUGCUCAUUGACCCCCUUCCACCGGAAAGCAAAGUCUUCAACAUGGUGAUUCAACAUGAACGCCAACUCCAAAGAGGCGCUAGUGUUCUCAACGAGCCCAUCUCCCUCACCAACGCCGUCAUCACGCCACAGCGGCGCCUAAAUCCCGGGCGCGGCCGCGGCCACAUCACCAAUGAUGGACGCAGUGGAGCCGAAAAAGUAUGCGUCUACUGUGGUGGUUUAUCAACCGGCCACACCGUCGACGAGUGCUACGGCAAGCACGACUAUCCACCUGGCCACCCACGCUACCCCGGCCGUCCUCGGUUCAAUGAUCGCAGCAACUCCACCGCCUCCUAUACCAAUGCCACUGCCGCCAACCCUAAUUCCUCACAUCAACAACUCAGCAGAACCGGAUCAAGCAAAGAAGAGACCUACCCAACUUCUGGGCCUAGUUUGUCACAAGCUCAAUAUCAAUCUCUCUUAGCUCUUCUCCACAAUGUUCAUGGGCAGCAGUUUAUAGACAAACCCACACCACAAGGUCAACAUGGGCCAUCUGAGGCCAAGUCUGAUAUCACUGUUACGCAUACAAACACUGCAUAUUGUUCUUUUCAUUUCUCAUCCCAUUUAUCACCUAACACACCUUCUAUAAGCUCACACAACAGUGGCAAAUGGAUACUAGAUUCAGGAGCCACUGACCACAUCUGUUCUUCAUUAUCAUAUUUUCAAAUCCACCACAAGAUUAACCUGAUACAUGAUGCGAAGUCCUUGAAGAUGAUUGGUUCGGCUGAAUUGAGAGAUGGAUUGUACUACCUAGCCGACAAGUUGCAACCACAAAAACCUAUUAGGACCAACAGUUCCACCAACUUAGCCAAUGUUAAUAACUUCAUCACAACCCCAAUCACAGAUAGCAAUGUAUGGCAUUGUAGGCUAGGCCACCUCUCGGACCAAAGAUUAAGAGAACUCCACCAUCAAUUUCCUUUUAUUAAUCCACAUGUCAAUGAAUUUUGUGAUGUCUGUCACAUGGCAAAACAAAAGUGA